AUGACCUCAGAAUCCAAUAGUCAAAUCGGCACCAAGUUCCAUGAGCGGUACGUAAACAGUAUCCUGCCAAAGCAUCCCCGCGAUUUCGGCCUGGACGACACGGUGAAGAAACUUAAGAAGCUUUUUGGCCGCCAAACCUCGCUGUUUAACGAUCGCUACCGUUGUCUACAAUAUGUCAAGAACGAAACAUACGAUUUUUCAAGUUACGCUGCCUCUGUGAACAAGCACUGCGAAGCAUUCCAGCUGACCAAGCUCACCGACGACCAAUUCAAGGCACUACGUUUUGUUUGCGGUCUACAAUCUCCCCGCGAUGCAGACAUCCGAACUCGAUUGAUCGGUAAGUUAGAAGCUGAAGAGCAUGCUCCGCCAGCAGACAGCACGAAGCUCACACUGGAAAAUCUCGUCAAGGAGUGCCAUCGGUUUAACAAUCUGAAGCAGGACACCAAGAUGGUAGAGAAGCCCGUUCCGGAAAAAUCCGUCGUCAACGCCGUUUCUACCAAGCCUGCUAAGAAGAAGCAACCGAAAUCUCCGUGCUGGUUCUGCGGUGAUUUACACUUUGUGAAGGAAUGCCCCUAUCAAGACCACAGCUGUAGGAAGUGCAAACGGAAGGGGCAUAAAGAAGGUUACUGCUCAUCCGUGGAAUCAAAACCGAAGUCUGCAAAGAAAUUCGAAAAAACCGAAAUCCAAGGAAUAUGUGAAGUCCAAAGGAAUUUCGGUGAAACGCAUCGAUCUCCAAGGGAAGAGGAAAUACGUUACCGUCGGAAUCAAUGGCAACGAUUCCGUUCUCCAGUUGGAUUGCGCUUCCGAUAUCACGAUCAUUUCUACGCAAACCUGGAAGACGAUAGGAAAACCAGCCAUCAGCGAAACUGA